GUUAGUUUUGCUUUUCCUCACCUUUUCUUAUUUUUUUUUCUUACAAUCCAUGGAUAUCUCUCUCUUGUACUUAAAUUAAUAUCAUGCUGAACGGAACUGGAGUCAAAAUCUUCACUGGCACCAGCCAUCCCGAGCUGGCGGAGAUAAUUGCUCGACGCCUUGGUCUACCUCUUGCGAAAGCUGAUGUAACCAAGAGCGGCAUUGGCGAGACGAGCGUCCGCAUCGCAGAAAGCGUUCGCGAGAACGAUGUGUACAUUAUCAAUACUGGCUGCGGAGCAGUCAACACAUCCCUCAUGGAGCUUUGUAUCAUGAUCCAUGCCUGCAAGAUUGCAAGUGCCAAACGCAUAACGGCUGUCGUCCCUCUUUUUCCAUACGCACGACAAGAUAAGAAGGACAAGAGCCGCGCCCCAAUCACGGCGAAACUCGUAGCAAACAUGAUACAAAAAGCAGGUUGUGAUCACGUCAUUACCAUGGACCUCCAUGCAUCACAAAUUCAAGGAUUCUUUGAUGUGCCACUUUUCGCCGAGCCAUCAUCAAUCCUGUACAUACGCACCCAUUUUGAUCUUGAAAAUGUCGUAAUCGUUUCCCCCGAUGCGGGCGGCGCCAAGAGGGCUACGUCCAUCGCAGAUCGCCUGGGCGUCGAUUUUGCUCUUUUUCACAAAGAGCGCAAAAAGGCCAACUCCGUAUCGCGCAUGGUUCUCGUUGGGCAUGUCAAGGACAAAGUUGCCAUCCUCAUCGAUGAUAUGGCCGACACUUCCGGAACGCUGUGUCUUGCCGCGCAUCAUCUCACCGAAGCAGGUGUUGCCAAGGUUUACGCAAUCGUGACACACGGAAUAUUGAGCGGUAAUGCUCUAGAAAAUAUCGAGAAGAGCGUGUUGGAGAAACUGAUCGUGACCAAUACGUUACCUCAGAAGGAGAACCAGGCAAAGUGUUCCAAGAUCGAAGUUAUUGACAUCGGACCUGUCCUCGGGGAGGUUAUCCGGCGAAGCCAUUAUGGGGAGAGCGUGUCGAAGCUCUUCCAUGAGGUUCCGUACUAGAAGGAAUAAACGAGAGGGAUAUUAUUAUACGAGUGUAUUUGCAUCCGAUCUGCGAGAAGGAUAUAUACAUAUGUAGUAGAGGGUAGGCUUGUGUCUAGACUUGGCCAUGGUACUCGGAUCAAUAUCAUGUCAAAUAUCAAGUAUCCCGCCAAUUAU